UUGCCUGCCACUUUACAUAGUUAAAGCAAGAUAAACAUCCGUGAGAGACGUAAAUAAAUACUACGGUGCUUCAAUAUGUAUUCAAACAAAAUUGAAGGACCCCGUAGAGGAAGGUCUUUCGACUCCAUCAACAUAGGAUUUGAAGAGAAACAACUAAAUAAUGAGAUGAACAAAUCAACAUUCACGAAGAUAGAAGAGAAUAGAGAUAACAAGAACGAGCAUUCAGAAAAGGGGACGGCAGCGAUCGUGUUUUCCCUUAAAAAUGAAGUCGGGGGACUUGUGAAAGCGCUCAAACUCUUCCAGGAAAAUCACGUCAAUCUUGUACACAUUGAGUCCAGAAAGUCCAAAAGGCGAAACUCAGAAUUCGAGAUAUUUGUGGACUGUGACAGCGACCACGAACAACUCAACGAGAUCAUUCAACUGCUGCGCAAGCACGUGGACAUAGUGGACAUGGACCCCCCGGAUAAUUCGUGCCUACCUGAAGAAGAUAUGGAUAAUGUACCCUGGUUCCCCAAGAAAAUCUCAGAUCUCGACAAGUGUGCAAACCGUGUGCUCAUGUAUGGAUCAGACCUGGAUGCUGACCAUCCGGGCUUCAAGGACAAUGUAUACCGCAAGAGAAGAAAGCAUUUUGCCGAUCUCGCAAUGGGUUACAAACACGGAGAUCCUAUUCCUCGUAUAGAGUUCACAGAAGAGGAGGUUCAGACCUGGGGUGUGGUGUUUCGGGAGCUCAACAAGCUGUAUCCCUCUCACGCCUGUCGGGAGUACCUGAAGAACCUGCCUCUGCUGUCAAAACACUGUGAAUGCCGUGAGGACAACAUCCCACAGCUGGAAGAUGUCUCGCGCUUCCUCAAGGACCGCACUGGCUUCACCAUCAGGCCUGUGGCAGGUUACCUGUCCCCGCGAGACUUCUUAGCUGGCUUGGCCUUCCGUGUUUUCCACUGUACCCAGUAUGUACGGCACAGCUCAGACCCUCUGUACACCCCGGAGCCGGACACUUGCCAUGAACUUCUGGGUCAUGUCCCGUUGCUGGCAGAGCCGAGCUUCGCCCAGUUCUCUCAGGAGAUCGGCCUGGCGUCUCUGGGGGCUUCAGAUGAGUCCGUUCAGAAAUUGGCCACGUGCUAUUUCUUCACCGUGGAGUUUGGCCUAUGCAAACAGGAAGGGAAGCUACGAGCCUAUGGAGCAGGCUUGUUGUCCUCCAUCAGUGAAUUAAAGCAUGCUCUCUCUGGCAAUGCAAGGAUCAUGCCUUUCGACCCCAAGGUCACAUGCAAACAGGAAUGCAUCAUCACCACAUUUCAGGAUGUCUAUUUUGUGUCGGACAGCUUUGAAGAGGCUAAGGUCAAAAUGAGGGAGUUUGCCAAGACCAUUAAGCGUCCCUUCACCGUGCGCUACAACCCCUACACACAGAGUGUAGACGUCCUGAAGGACACUCCCAGCAUCAACAGUGUGGUGGAAGACCUGCGACAUGAGCUUGACAUUGUGGGUGACGCUCUCAGCCGGCUUAACAAGCAGCUGGGUGUCUGAUGACCUUCCCUCUGUUCUACUUAUCUUCUUACCAUCUACCAACCCUGCCAUACCAUAUCCCUGACAACAGAUGUGUAGAGACACUGCUUUUAGACUGCUCCUUUAGAGUGCAAUUGAUGUUCAGUGUUACUGGGUUGCUAAGAAAAAAAAUAUUGUUAGAUCGAAAGUAUCUGAUUUCAUUAAUGCCAAUAACUUAUGAGAAGUUGGAUAAAGUUAAGGUUGAUAGUUUGAAACCAUGAUUCAGAAAAUCUUAGAACUAGGAUGACAUGAAUUUCAGCACUGUCAUCCAUAAUUAGAAAACACAUUUUUUCGAUAGGCUACACUUUCCCAAGUGCUAUAUCCUCUGUUUUGUUUCCCUUAUAUAACUAUGAUGACUGUAGUAUAAAUGGAAAACAAACACCCUAAUAUUGCUGUAUUGCUUCCCUUUGACCUCCCUACUCUUCACUUUCUUAUUUAAUGGACCCAAGAUAUGUAAUUGAUAUGAAAUUAUAUUUAUUGUAUAUUAUGGUGUGUCCAAUAUAUUCCUGCAUUUUGUGGACUUGGGUUUUGUAUGGGACCAGUAAAUUAUUUGUGUUAUUAGUUUAAUCAAACACUCAGUUUUCCUUGAUUUUUACAUAUUAAGGCCAUGUUAGAAUAUGGAUUGCUUGUUUUUUCAUCGUUGAAUGUUUCUGUAACAUUGUCAACAAAAUGUCUACUCGUGACGUUAAAUGUAGGCCUAAUUGUAGUAUGUACACCUGGAAAAAACGAUGACAUUAUUUUUCUACUGUAAAGAAAUGUAAACGAUGUAUGUCUAAUGAAAUAAAUAUGUACACGUG